AUGCCCCAGUCCGACAAGGGGUGGUCUUGCGCGAAGCUCACUGAUGAGCGGGCGACGUUGGUGCUGGAGCAGAUGAACGCCAAUCUGAAGCUGGGCAAUGUGAGGGCAGCAAAGGUGACAGGGGCCAUGCUCCUGAGGGAAUUCCUGAUGCUGCGCGUGGCCCCGCUUCAGGCACGUACGCGCCCCUUGUGGAGGCUUGGGGACGAAGAGGACAAGGUUCACCUGAGCUCGGAAACCUUGCCUGACGGUGAGCUGGCUGCGGCUCUCUGCCUCCUGGUCGGGGACGACCAGGAGUACCCGCCGACCGUCUUCAUUCCCUUGUUCCGCCGCAAGGACGGGGCGCAGGCCGUGGCCGCCAGGCUGACUUUUGACAGGCGCGGGCUGGUGCCGCUGGCGCCCACCGGGGCCCCUGUGGCGCCGACGCCGGUGGAGCUGUCUUCUGGAGAAGGGGAGCCGCCCGUUGUCCCGACGAGGGGCAGGUCGGCGCUGGUCUCCCGAGAUGCUGCUCCAGCUUUGACGCCGCCUGGGGCUGCCUCCGGCCCCUCCGCUGCCCCGUCUUCCGCUCCUGGAGCCCGCGCGCCUGCGCCUCAAGCUUUGAGGCUCUCGGGCUUCAAGCUCAGCAAGCGGAGGGUGGACUACGCCACGGUGGACCAGCCGCCGCCUGCGGCGAAGAAGAGGAAGGAGGAUGCAGCGACCCCGCCCGGGACUGAACCAUCUGCAGCAGCCGCACCCCCCUCCGUGAAGAAAGGAAGCGACGACACUCGCACCUCCCCGGUCCGGUCGUCCUCGCGAGGCCUGGAGGAGCAUCCUCGUGGGGAGUCAGCCCCCAUGGCCCCGCUAGCUCCGGAGGCGUUGGUGUCCAGCCCGGCUGCCAGGGUCCCCAAAGCUCAGGAGCCCCCGGUCUCCCAGGCCCUGGUGACGAUGUUGUGUCCUCCUCCUACUGCGCCACUGCUUCCAGGUCCUUCUGCCUCCCCUGAUGUCUUGGAGCGUGCUCUUCUUGAGAUGACCCGGCUGCGAGAAGAUCUUCAAGGCCCCGACCGCCACCUGGCGGCCGGUCGCCUGGAGCUGGUCUCCGACUGGCUUCAUUCUGACACGUGUGUUCGAGCGACGCUGAGCCAGGCCGCGGCGAUCUCCGAGAAGGAGAGGCAAGCCGCCGCCCAAGCCGCAGUUGCUCGCGAAGUUGCGCUGAAGGAUGCCGAGACCGCCCAGGAUCAUUGCCGGGCACUGGAGGCCGAGUUGAAGAAUCUGCGCGAUCUGCGCGCAGAAGAAGCUCGUGGCGGCCAGGCGGAGGAGGAGAAGAUGAAGGCCCGGGAGGACGCCAUCAAGGAUCACGACGCUGAGCUGGGAGAGAAGAGCGUUCGCCGGAUCGUGUCCGAGGAGCCUGUACUCACAGAGAAGAACAACAUGCUGUCUCAUGACCUGGAAAAGUGCCGGACUCAGCUAGCUGUUGUUAUCGCUGAACUAGAGAAGUCCAAGGAGGCACCGCCUGGAUCAGUAGAUCAACUGAAAGAGGAACUGAAAGUCGCACAGGCGGGUGAACAAGAGGCCAAAAGGCAACUGGCCGCAGGCGAACGUGUGCUGACACAGGUCAGGGAUGAUAAGAACAAGCUGCAGGAUUCCAACAACCUGCUGGGCGAAGAGCGAAAAGAUCAAAAAAAUGAGCUGAUAGAUUUAUGUCUGCAGGUAUGCUGA